AUGUCGAAGGUUGUUGGGGAAAGUUGUGCCGAAGACCUGGUGAAGGUUUCUGAUGAGGAACUGAUGAAGUGGAGUAAAGAGGAGCUGAUUCACCGGCUCCGCAGGGCAGAGGCGGAUAAGAUGAGUGCUAUGCUGGAUCACAGUAACCUGAUCCGGGAGGUGAACAGGAGACUGCAGCUGCAUCUGGGGGAGAUCAGAGGGCUCAAGGAUGUAAAUCAGAAGCUGCAAGAAGAUAAUCAAGAACUUCGAGACCUAUGUUGUUUCUUGGACGAUGACAGACAGAAAGGGAAAAAAAUUUCCAGAGAAUGGCAAAGGCUGGGAAGGUAUACAUCAGGAAUCAUGCAAAAAGAGGUUACAUUAUAUUUGCAGAAGCUGAAGGACCUUGAAGUAAGACAAGAAGAAAUGGUCAAAGAGAACUUGGAAUUGAAAGAAAUUUGUUUUUUAUUAGAUGAGGAAAAAAUUGGUGGAGUCGGAAGCCGAUGUUCGAUUGACAGCCAAACAAGCCUCUGUCAGUUAAAUACAACUGCAAGUACGUUUUUACGAGAUGUUGGGGAUGGGAGUAGCACUUCUAGUGCUGGAAGCACAGACAGCCCAGAUCAUCACAAACCCAACCCAACUAAUAGUCCUGAACACCUCCAAAAAAAUAGGGGUGAAGGAAGCCCAGAGCAACAGAAACAUGGGAGUGGCAGUCCGGAUCAUCUCCAAAAGAACAGGAGUUCUGCAAGCCCCGACCAUCAGAAACAUGUGAAAAGUGCAAGCCCAGAACAUCAUAAAAGCGUGGGUAAAAGUAGUCCUGAGCAGCAAAAGCAUACUUGUAGUAGCCCAGAGAAUCUACAGAAGCAAAUGUUAAGUAGUAGCCCUGAACAUUUUAAAAAGCAUAGGUCUGGUGGUAGUCCAGAAUACCAAAAGCUCAGCAGUGCCAGCCCAGAGCAUCUUCAAAAACAUACAUUAAGUGGAAACUCAGAACAUCUUCAAAAAGCACGGGGCAGUAGCCCUGAGCAUCUCAAACCCCAUUUUGGAGGUAGUCCAGAGCACCUCAAACUUUUGAGUGGGAGCAGCAGGGAAGGCACCUUAAGGAGACAAGUAGCAGAUGAAAUGUCAGCUCAUCACAGGAGUGUGUACAAUGGAAUGAAUGGCUGUGUGGAAGAAACUUGGAGAUGCUGCAGGUUCAUGUCCUGGAAUUAGACAUCUGUCAGGCAAUCAGUACAAAGGGCCAAUGUGAUAGAACAUGAUUAUUGCCUGAGCCCUUCUCAAGAUGAAGAACAAACUUAAAUGACAAAGGGAGAUUAUUUAAUCAAGAGAUGCUAAGGCCUAGGCAGAAAGUGACAUGUCUUAACAUAUCGAUAUAUAUAUAUAUAAUAUAUAUAUUGAUUACAUUGAAGCGGUACAAGUUCCAUAACAUUAUCUUUUAUGCUGCAAUGUAUAUCUUUUUAAAAUAAAGUAAUAUUGUUUUAACGCACAAUCCAAAUGAUGAGAAUAUUUAGCAGAUGGCACAAUUGUUUUAAACCAAAAGGUGUCGAAGCACAUUUUAACAAUAAAUAAUUGGCAUUUUACUUUAAAAAGGGCUGUUCACCUUUGGGUUAACUUUUAGUAUGAUGUAG